CCAGCUAAUAGGGAGGGGCGAGAGAGGCACUGUAUGCGCCUGCGCAGUGUCUGCUCGGCCUGGUAGGCUCGGCUGGAAAAGAAAUUGAAUAGCGGAGAAGGCGCUUGGGUGCUGCGUGCUGCUGGAGGCGCCGCCAGGAGACAGACGACCCCGCUCGCCCGGCCCAAGGGCGCAUGAGAAGGCAGCCGCCCGCUUCCUCUCUCCCAGGGGGGCCCUCCGGGGUCGGCGCUAACAUGUCGGAGCGGCUCAGCAAGCCCACGUGCCUCAUUGUGGCCAGCGCGGCUGCUGCAGGUGUAUCUGCUGAUUCCUUUCUUCACUCGUUUACACUCGCAAGUGCUGCAUUUAAUCUACAGGUUGCCACCCCAGGGGGGAAGUCAAUUGACUUUGUUGGUGUUAAUGAGACAAACAUGCGUUGGAUCCAGGACUUCCGCAUGAAAUCCUAUGCAAAUCCUGCCAAGCUGGAAUCGACUGAUGGUGCAAGAUACCAUGCCUUGUUGAUUCCUGACUGUCCUGGUGCUAUGACGGAUUUGGCAAACAGUGGUUACUUAGCUAGAAUAUUGCAGCAUUUCAGCUCAGAGAACAAGCCCAUUUGUGCUGUUGGACACGGAGUUGCUGCCUUGUGUUGUGCUACAAAUGAAGACAAAUCCUGGGUAUUUCAAGGAUACAGCUUGACAGGGCCUUCUGUGUAUGAACUGAUAAGACUACCUAAUUUUGCUAGUUUGCCCAUUAUCGUCGAGGACUUUGCAAAAGAUUCUGGAGCUAGCUUUACUGCCAGCAAAGCAGAUGCUGUACAUGUGGUCUUGGACAGACAUCUUGUCACUGGACAGAAUGACAAUUCCACUGUUGCAGCUGUCCAGAAUCUUGUUAUUCUCUGCAAUGGCAGCAGAAAAUGAUGGAAUCUGUCUCCUUGUAACUGGAAUGGGUUGCGUGGAGAAGACUAGCUUCAAAUAUGGAUGUGUGUAGCUUCAUACGUUGACCCCUCAGGACUGUGAAAGGCAACACCAGGACUUUGUAAAUCUUGUGAGAGUAUCCUAAAACUCUAGAAGAGCUUAAUGUUGGUUUUAAAAAAACACUGCCUUAAUAUGGAUACUGGCAGUCACCCUUGUUUCUAUCUUAGGUCUGAGUGUUAGUUUGCACAUAUGGUAAUGAAGUUCUGCAACAAAACAAGAGCCUCAGUUUAGGUCCUCUCUUCACAUUCAGCUAGAGUUUUGAUUUCAUUCAAGCUCUAAUGCAGCAGUAUUGAAACUCUAUUUAUGAAGUAAACAAACUACAAAAUUGGUUCCAGAUUCUAUGAAUUUUUUCCUGCUAAGCAAAAAGCAUGAUGAAUCCUGUAACUGAAUCUGAGGACCUUAGGCCUGUUACAUAACAAUGUGCUUGUUCCCCUUUUCUUUGGGCUAAAGCUUCUUUUAAAGGGGACAUGUAUUGCCUUCUACAAUUCACUAUAGAGGGUCAGCCACUAGCCACUUUUCUUUCAGGUACUGUAGAAAAAGUUGCAUGCUGUUUCAGAUGGACCAAAUAAAUGUGUUGAAUAACU